AUGACCAAGGAAACGGUACUUCGUAUUGAGGCUGUUAUAAACGAAUUUAUAAAAGAACAAAAGGCAUCCAAAGAUCUUGAUAUGAAAUCAAAUGAAUGUCCUAUGGAUUAUAAAAAGAUGUCUGGUAAAAACACACGAAAGAAGACAUUUUGGUAUAAUAUAAAUAAAAAUCCUACUGAUGAUAUUAUGCAUGAUACUGUUUAUAAUGCUUUGGUUGAGGAACAUCCUGAUGAAAUCACAAAAAUUGAAUGUGCUAAAGGCGGUUGGAGCAAGUACUGGACAGAAGUACUUCAAUCAAUGAAUGCAGUAAUCAAUGUCUUUGGCAAGGCUUUUAUUAGAGAUUUUCCCACUACACAAAAUAUAAAAUGGACGAAUGAUCACCUUUGGAGUGAAGUAGAUCUGAAUUAUAACGAUUCAUAUGAUACUUAUAUAAAUCGUAUUAUUAAAGAUGUGUUGAAAAUAAAUGAACGUACUGCUAAUAACUGUGUAUUUGUUAUUGCUAUUAUUGAUCUCAUGUUUGAUUCUAAUAUCAAAACUGUAACACUUUCUGGAGAAUUGAUAUUUCGACGCAUAACUGAUAGAGCCAAGAAACAAGAGAUAGCUUUAACAACAUCACAAAAGAAAUCGAUCACUCAAGAGAAAGAAAAUGAGUUUAUCGAAUUGGAUGGUACUUAUGAUGAUAAUGAAGAUAUGAUUUCUAGUUCAGAUGACAAUGACGAAUAG